AACUCCUUAUUUUCACAUCUCACAUUUCUUAGCCAAUUCUCUCUCUUUGUGUUUGUUUCCCAAGAAAAAAAGAGUAUUACGAUGGCCCCCAAAGCUGAGAAGAAGCCAGCAGAGAAGAAGCCGGCCGAGGAGAAGAAGUCCACGGUAGCGGAGAAGGCUCCGGCCGAGAAGAAGCCGAAGGCCGGGAAGAAGCUUCCUAAGGAAGGCGGAGCUGGCGUGGCGGACAAGAAGAAGAAGAGAACGAAGAAGAGCGUGGAGACUUACAAGAUCUACAUCUUCAAGGUUCUCAAGCAGGUGCACCCUGACAUUGGGAUCUCCAGCAAGGCCAUGGGCAUAAUGAACAGCUUCAUCAACGACAUCUUCGAGAAGCUCGCCCAGGAGGCCGCCAGGCUCGCCCGCUACAACAAGAAGCCUACUAUCACGUCUCGGGAGAUCCAGACCGCCGUGCGUCUCGUGCUGCCCGGUGAGUUGGCCAAGCACGCGGUCUCUGAGGGGACCAAGGCGGUCACCAAGUUUACUACCGAGAAAAAGCCAGCGGAGAAGAAACCGGCCGAGGAGAAGAAGUCCACAGUAGCGGAGAAGGCUCCGGCCGAGAAGAAGCCUAAGGCCGGGAAGAAGCUGCCGAAGGAAGGCGGAGCCGGCGCGACGGACAAGAAGAAGAAGAGGACGAAGAAAAGUGUGGAGACGUACAAGAUCUACAUCUUCAAGGUGCUCAAGCAGGUGCACCCUGACAUCGGGAUCUCCAGCAAGGCCAUGGGCAUCAUGAACAGCUUCAUCAACGACAUCUUCGAGAAGCUUGCCCAGGAGUCGUCCAGGCUUGCCCGCUACAACAAGAAGCCUACUAUCACUUCUCGGGAGAUCCAGACCGCCGUGCGUCUCGUGCUGCCCGGUGAGUUGGCCAAGCACGCGGUCUCUGAGGGGACCAAGGCGGUCACCAAGUUUACUAGCUCUUGAAUUGCACGGCUGCCGGGACUAGGGUUUAUUGGGGUUGGGGUUUGUGAAAUUGGGAGAAAAUUUUAGGGUUAGGGUUUUCUUUUAAUUUCUAUGUCGGUUUCCUUUUUCUCUUAUUAGUAUGUGUUUUAGCUGAUGUAAGUACUGAUAUGCUUUAAUAUUGAACUAAAGUAUUUUUACCCAA